UGGGAUGCCCGGCCCUCGUCCAGACUGAUGAGRGGCUCUGCUGCUGCUGAGGUUUGAUUGUCUGCUCCCCUCCUGGAACAAAGGGGACUACCUCCUGGGUCUGGAUGUGGGCUGCCCCCUGCAGGGGCUGAACGUCACAAACCUGUGUUUGGACACUUGAAGUGCACGACGUACGGCUCUCUGGCAAAAGCAUCUUCAUCUCCAGCCUGGUUGUCUUCAUACUGAUAUUCAUCCUCCAGCUUCACCUCGUCUUCUCUGAGGGUGUGAUCUGUUAAAUCACUGCCAUGUCGAACGUGUCCUACCACAUCUCCAAUCUGUUGGAGAAAAUGACAUCGACUGACAAAGACUUCAGGUUCAUGGCCACGAACGACCUGAUGCUGGAGCUGCAGAAGGACAGCAUUAAGCUGGACGAGGACAGCGAGAGGAAAGUGGUGGACAUGCUGCUCAGGCUGCUGGAGGACAAGAACGGAGAGGUGCAGAACCUGGCUGUAAAAUGCCUGGCCCCUCUGGUGGGUAAGGUGAAGGAGCCUCAGGUGGAGGCGAUGGUGGACAUCCUGUGUGUGAACAUGACGUCAGACAAAGAGCAGCUGAGGGACAUUUCCAGCAUGGGACUGAAGGCCGUGAUCGCAGAGCUGCCCCUGAKAACCUCAGGUUUGAGUCUGACAGUGGGUGUGUGCAGGAAGAUCACCUCCCAGUUGAUCGGAGCUCUGGGGAAACAGGAGGACGUAUCGGUGCAGUUAGAGGCCCUGGACAUCCUGUCGGACAUGUUGGGAAGGCUGAGCGGUGCUCUGGUCAGUUUUCACGGCUCUCUGCUCUCCAGCCUGCUGCCUCAGCUCACCAGCUCCAGAAUGGCGGUCAGGAAGCGCUCCAUCUUGGCCCUCGGCCACCUGGUGCCCUGCUGUAGCCCCGCCCUCUUCUCCCAGCUGACCGAACACCUGGUGGGCGAGCUGGCCAAGAACCCGCCCACCUCGGUGACGAGGACGUACAUCCAGUGUUUGGCGACCGUCAGUCGGCAGGGCGGCCAUCGAGUCGGUGAACAUUUAGAGAAACUAAUCCCUCUGGUGGUGAAGUUAACCAGUGUUGAAGACGACGAGUUGAGGGAAUAUUGUUUCCAUGCUUUUGAAGCUUUUAUAAGAAGGUGUCCGAAGGAGAUGUCGCCUCACAUUGCUACGGUGACUCAGCUCUGUCUGAAGUUCAUGACCUUUGACCCCAACUACAACUACGACGACAGCGAGGAGGACGAAGAAGACAGCAUGGACGUGGAYGACGGGCUGGAUGAAGAGUCGGAUGACGAGUACAGCGACGACGACGACAUGAGCUGGAAGGUUCGGCGCUCUGCGGUCAAGUGUCUGGAGGCGCUGGUGGGCACGCGCCGGGACCUCCUGCUCUCCUUCUACUCCUCCAUCUGCCCCGCCCUGCUGGCCCGCUUCAAGGAGCGCGAGGAGAACGUGAGGGCCGACGUGUUCGCUGCCUUCUCCGCCCUGCUGAGGCAAACCCGCCUGGGUCACCACGGCCUCCCCGACCCGGGGGCCGGCCGCCUGGAGGAGGAGCCAGCCGUCGCUCUGCUGAGGACACAGGUUCCAGCCAUCGUCAGAGCUCUGCACCGACAGCUGAAGGAGAAGAGCGUCAGGUCUCGACAGGGAUGCUUCUGUCUGCUCACGGAGCUGGCUCACACCGUUCCUGGAUCCCUGGAGGAACACGUACCUGCGCUCAUACCAGGCGUCGUCUUCUCCCUGACAGACAAGUCCAGCUCCUCCACCAUGAGGAUCGACGCUCUCUCCUUCCUCAACGUCCUCCUCCUCUCCCACCCUCCGCAGGCCUUUCAGACACACAUGCAGGUCCUGCUGCCGGCGGUCUUGUCGUGUGUUGAGGACUCCUUCUAUAAGAUCACCUCGGAGGCUCUGCUGGUCACUCAGCAGCUCGUCAGAGUCAGCUCCUCCGGAGGAUUUGACCCGAAACUCUUCGUCAAAGAGGUGUUUUCCGUCACAAUAAAGAGACUUAAAGCAACCGACAUCGACCAGGAAGUGAAGGAGAGAGCCAUUUCCUGUAUGGGCCACCUGGUGUGUCACCUUGGCGACCACCUGGGGGCGGAGCUUCAGGGAGUUCUGAGGAUCUUUCUGGAGAGAUUAAAAAAUGAGAUAACCAGACUGACGGCAGUUCGAACCUUGACUCUGAUUUCUGCUUCCCCAUUAAAGAUCGACCUGUCCUCCAUCCUCCCAGAGGCCCUGUCAGUUUUGGGGUCUUUCCUGAGGAAGAACCAGCGCGCCCUGAAGCUCGGCACGUUGGCGUGUCUCACGGCUCUGGUCACUCAUCACGCCGCCAGAAUCAAACCCGCGGCUCUGGAGCCGGUUCUGAACGAGAUCCCCCCUCUGGUGGACGAGAGCGACAUGCACGUGUCACAGGUGUCCGUGACGUUGCUGACGGUCAUGGCCAAAGCCUUCUCCUCCUCGCUGGCGAAGAUCAGCUCCUCGGUGCUGCCGGGGGUCUUCAGACUCAUCCACUCCCCACUGCUGCAGGGAGGUGCUCUGGGAGCCAUCCUGGACUUCCUUCAGGCCCUGAUUCUGUCCAAAGCCAGUAACCUGGGCUACAGUCAGCUGCUGAAGUCUCUCAUGGAGCCYUUUCAGAGCUCCAAGUCCUCUGCAGACGGCAGCGUCCUCCACAGACAGUCGUACCACUCGGUCGCUCGCUGCGUGGCCGCUCUGUCCUCGGCCUCGCCCAAAGACUCGCCGGGCACCGUCGCCGGACUCCUGCAGCAGGUGAAGAAUCCCGGAUCUCCAGAGUCGGCCCGAGUCCUGGCUCUGUUGUGUCUGGGCGAGGUGGGGAGGAGCGGCAGUCUGGGCGGGAGUAAGGAGGUGCAGGGGGUCAUCCUGGAGGCCUUUACCUCCACCAGCGAGGAGAUAAAGACGGCAGCUUCCUGCGCGCUGGGCGGCAUGGCGGUCGGCAGUCAGAGUGAAUACCUGCCCUUCAUCCUGAAGGAGGUCUCAGCUCAGCCUCGGCGGCAGUACCUGCUCCUGCACUCGCUCAAAGAAGUCAUCAGCGCCUCUCAGGCCUCCAGCCUCUCUCCUCUCGUGGAGUCGGUUUGGUCUCUGCUGAUCCAGCUCUGCGAGUGUCCAGAGGAGGGAACCAGGAACCUGGUGGCUGAAUGUUUGGGAAAGCUGACCUUAGUCAACCCGGGCCAGCUUCUGCCCAGACUGAGACAACAGCUUAACUCUGGUUCUCCUCUAGCUCGCAGCACAGUGCUGACAGCCGUGAAGUUCACUAUCGUCGACCAUCCCGCUCCUGUGGACUCACUGCUGAAGGACUGCAUCGGCGACUUCCUGAAGACCCUGCAGGACGGCGACAUCAACGUGCGCCGCGUGGCCUUGGUGAUGUUCAACUCCGCGGCCCACAACAAACCGUCUCUGAUCCGAGGACUCCUGGGGACGGUUCUGCCUCACCUCUACAAGGAAACUCAGAUCCGGAAGGAUCUCAUCAGAGAAGUGGAGAUGGGGCCGUUCAAGCACACGGUGGACGACGGCUUGGACGUGCGUAAAGCUGCGUUCGAGUGCAUGUACACUCUGCUGGACAGCUGCCUGGAGGGGCUGGACGUCUUGCAGUUUCUGGAUCACGUGGAGGAGGGGCUCAAAGACCACUACGACAUCAGGAUGCUGACCUUCUUGAUGCUGGCCAGACUGGUGUCUUUAAGUCCUGCAGCUGUCCUGCAAAGACUGGACCGACUGGUGGAGCCUCUCAAAGCUACCUGCACCACCAAAGUGAAGGCCGGCUCGGUGAAGCAGGAGUUUGAGAAGCAGGAGGAGCUGCGGCGCUCCGCCAUGCGCGCCGUCGCCGCCCUGCUGGCGGUGCCGGAGGUGGAGAGGAGCCCCAGCAUGGCCGAGUUCGCCAACCAGAUCCGCUCCAACGCCGACAUGGCGUCCAUCUUCCAGAGCGUGCAGGGAGGGGACGGAGGGGCCUUAGGGCCCGCAGAGGGCAUGGACAUGAUCUAAACACUGCCUGAUUUUUAUAGUUUUAUUUUACAAAAUGUGUUUAAAUAAAACAGAUGAAGACGUUC